GUUUUCUUUUGUUUUGAGGUUAUCUGUCAGUUCUAUUUUGGUUUGGACAAGGAAGUUUUUUUAUUUUAAUUAAGAAGUCUAUUUCUACUAUUUCAUCACUUACCUAAAUAAAAAGUAAUAAAUAGUUCUCCUAAUAGAUUAUGAUAUUUUAACGCCCAGCGAUAAAAUUUGUUUAUAGAAACCCGUGUUUGUUUUUUAAUGGAAUCUGGAGAAAAUCAUGGCCAAUGAACUUUUGGUGGUGCAGGCGAUUUAUUCUUACAAAAGGAGCAACAAUGAUGAGCUAAACUUCAAGAAGGGAGAUUUUAUAACCGUAACACAGAAAGAUGAUGGUUGGUGGGAAGGCACCCUUAAUGGCGAGACGGGCUGGUUUCCUAGUAAUUACGUCAAGGAGUGCAAAGAUGCUCCCAGGCCCAUCGUUCUUCAACAGAAUCAAUACAAAUCUGUCGUCCUUAACGAUUUGGUAGAUUCGGAAAAAGCACACGUCACUGAGCUCGAGGGCCUCGUUACCAAUUUCCUACAGCCGCUGGAAAAAAGCACCAUUUUAACUCCUGAUGAAUACAAACAGUUGACGGGAAACAUCACAGAGGUCUUAGAAACGCACCAGCAGCUUCUGAAACUCGUAGAAUUGGAAUCGAGUAAACCAGGAAAUGAUCAGCGAGUUGGUAAAUUGUUCCUCAAUUGGGCACCAAGAAUUAAAAGUAUACACCAAGCCUACUGUUCGUUACAUCCCAGGGCAGUAUGCAUUUUGGACAAGUAUAGGGAUGAACUAACUAAAUACAUGGAGUCAAAGGGUGCAGCAAGCCCUGGAGUACUGGUACUAACUACCAUGUUAAGUAAACCGUUUAGAAGACUGGACAAAUAUUCUGGAAUGCUUCAAGAGUUGGAAAGGCACGUCGAAGAAUCCCAUCCAGACAGAGGCGAUACCCAGAGAUCAGUUAGCGUUUAUAAGGAUAUUGCAGCAACUUGUGCCGCCACCAGACGACAGAAAGAACUUGAGCUGCAGGUGCUAACAGGUCCAGUUAGAGGCUGGGAAGGUCCGAGCUUGACAACUUUGGGCGAUAUAAUAUAUAUGGGAUUAGUUUCGGUGAUGCCACAACACAACGAUCGGUACUUUGUGUUGUUUCCUUCUACUUUGUUAAUUUUGAGUGUUAGCCAUAGACUGAGCGCCUUCAUAUAUGAGGGUAAGUUAUUCCUUUCUGGUUUGUCCGUUACGAGACUUGAGGACAAUGACCAGCAUAAAAACGCCUUCGAAAUCAGCGCUCCCAUGAUCGACAGGAGGCUGGUAGUGUGCCAGAGUAAAGAAGAUGCGGAUCACUGGGUAGAAUUGUUGAGGAAGCAGAUGCCCAGGUCGUCCACCGCUUCCACCGUUAGUCAGAAAGUAUCUCCGUCCCAAGCACAGUUCGUUCCACAACCACCGCCACAUAUGACGCCACUAAUAUCAGGCGGAAACCCAAACCUAACGAGUAACCACCAACGCCAAGGCAGCGUCCGCUCCAUAACACCCACUCUUUCAGCUUCCAGUCAUAGUAUUGCCAGUGUAAACGCAGCAGGUCGUGGAUGGUCGGCCAUAUGCCUGCGCCCCACUCCGCCGUUGCGACCAUACCUUGCUUUGGGUACUUCCCCGAACGGACCGUACUCCAGGUACACCAGUCGUAGGCCCAUGAGUUACAAGGAGGACGGUUUUAUCUUGGAUGUCAUCGAAGCGUAUUGUUCCACCAUGAAACCCAGAAGCACUGUUAAUUCAGUGAACGUCAGCGAUGCCACGAAGUCCGAAUUGAAUAAAGCCAUACCUGAAGCCAUACAGCAGCUGCAGUCUAAAGUUAGCAUCCUAGAGUACAAUGUGACGGCGUUGACAUCGCAACUUGGUGACGAAAAAGAAGCCAGGACAGUGUUACAAAAUAUCGUUAAAAAUCACCUCGUUAACAAUUCCAGUGAUGUCGAUAAAAUCCAGUGGCCGGCUAUAGAGAGCAAUAUAUGAACGACCAGUAUUAUUUGUUGAAAUCUUUUUAUUUUAUAGAGACACUAUUUUUAAAGCAAAACGAGCGUUUUGAUAGUUCCUAUUUUAAUGUAUACGGACGAUAUUCAUUAUUUUGAUUUAUCUUAUCUCGUAUGUCUUCAUUUUUGACAGUGAGCUUUAAAUAUAGCAACUCUUUACCAUAUCGUAACCAAAACCCUACUUUCUUGCAUGAUUGGCAUCGAGCUAGCUUGGAAUUCAGUCUUAAAAUAAUAAUAAUAGUAAUAAUCCUUGGGAAAGGUUUGUACACAUGUGAUAACAAGCUUAUGGGUCGGAAGUUUCCAAGGUUUGUAAUAUAUUCUUUUUUAUAUGUGAGUACAAUAAUUGCAUUAUUCUACUGACACCGAGUUACCUCUUCCACAAUACAUUCAGUAAAUAUAACUUUUAAUACUUGUAGUAGUCUGUGUCCACCUACUGAUGACUUAAUGACAAGGAGUGUUGUGUGUGUCAUAUCUUCUUGUACAAUUCUUUGUAAAAAGUUUCAAAUAUUUCGAGGAUUUUUAACUAUUUGUUUGUCCUCUUAUUUUUUUACUUGACAAAUGCCUUUCUACCAUAAGACAUUUUUUAUCAUAAAGAUAUUCUUCUUCGCCUUCUGAAAUGGUUUCCUACCUAUCCUCUUCAAAGAAAGGUGUGAGCUGAUUCUAGGAUAUGUUGGUUUUCCCCUCUUCUUUUGACCUCGAUAAGAUCUGCAACGUCCCAUUUGAUAUUUUCCAGUUCUUCUUUAAUUUCGAGGAGUUUCUGAUUUGGAAGCUGUUUGCAAUUGUGUCUUCUAUAUUGGUAGUCUGGUUGGAAGAAUACGGAGAUUCCUAACAUAUUAUGUUGUGAUUAUGGCUUGACCGCUACUCUGGGAUACUCAGGGAUUUCCGAGUUGCCGGAAUUUUCUCUCCAUUAUUGUUGUCUUUAGAGGUUUUUUUCUAUACACCUAGUCCGCUGUAAUAGUUAUGACACCCAUACUCAGUCACGAAAGUCUUAUCAGUUUUCUAGCAGAGUGCACCUUAUAGGUUACCACUCGGGCAGAUGAAGUUGACAUUUGGAUUGCAGGUCUUCUGUUCGAUCCCUUACACCCCAAAUCCUUCCGUAGUAAGACUAAAAUCUUCGGAAGCUGCCUUACUAUGUUAAAGGUUCGCCUGUUUGGGGUAAUUGAGACUUAAUUGGAGUAGAGACAGAGUCUAAACUCAUACCGUGCCAAGGCCAUAAUCUCCCAACGUUCGCCAGUUCUAUGUGGCAUUGCUAAGAGAGAUGCACUUCGCUUCUCGCGGUUAUUAGUAAGUAAAAAGAGUAUAGAAUAAAGGUAUAGGUUAAUGAUUCACAUUUACAGAUAUAGGCCAGAAAGAUAUUAUUAAGCGAGCGAUUAGCUACAAUUCAUCUCUUUUGGAUAAUCUCCCACUUAUUAAGUAUGAAAACAACUAUCUGUAUUUAUGUAGCUAGCUUAAACUAUGGCGGAAGAAAUCGCGAUUAUUUGUUUACACUGUCUAGGUAGAUUUCCCAGACCAAGAAUAACUGUAUCAACAUUUGUUUCAUCCUUAGACUAUAUGUUAAAAACUCCGUAUGUUUGUUAUCAAAACCAGAUUUUAAAAAUUACUGCUAAUUGCACCGGAUAAUACCUGUGAUUCAGUGGAGAUCACUAAUCCUACUGACUGCGCCAUAUUAUGAUUAAUUGAUGAAUUAUAUAAAUACAUUAUUGAAACUACAGUUAUUCUUUAUAAGUAUUUAUUGACCACGCUAUCUCUACCUAAGCUAGCAUGAGCCAAGUUUGUCCUCUCUCUACUUCUGUUUUGUAAGUUUUUAUUUAUUUAUUUGGCCUUUAAUAUCUUGACCUCCGUUAUUUUUGUAUUUCUCUCAACAUAUAUGUAUGCAUUAUAUCAACAGUAUUUGAUACAUAUAUCCUUUAUUUGUACAAUUUAAUUACUAAUCGAUACUGUAAAAUAAUUUUUAAUACUUCCUUUUUAUAUAUUUCCCAUAUUUUAUACAGCAUACUCCUCUGUAUACGUUAAAAUGUGUCUACACGUUCUAUAAGGAAGGAAGAAUAUCCAAUUGCCAGAAUUUAUUUGCAGAUAUCAAUACUUUCUUUUGAACGAUUUAUGUUAGGCUUUAAACCUAGAUUGUGAGACUAGAUAAAUAUUUAUUUUUAUAAAACAUUUUAUCCAAAACACGGACAAUUUUUAACCUUGCAGAUAUUUUAAAUAAAAAUAUGUUAAUAACU